CAGCUAUUGGAUGACAGAGCGAAUCAGUGUGGUUAUAGCAUACAGUGGACGUAGUACUAUUUUGAGUAAUAGUUGAUCUAUAUGUAUUGAUAAUACAACUGAAUUCUAUGCAUAAAGUUUAUUAAGAGUUUUAGCUGCAUGUGAAAGAAAUACGUAUAAAUAGUUAAAAACUAACCUCGAUUGUUUAAAAGGAAUUAAUUUAUCAUGCGGCAAUAUAACGUACAUUCUAAAAAUCAAUAACGUACGUAUGAUAACCUUUGAUCUGAUUACACGAUGGCUACGGGAAAACGAAGAGGUGUGCAUACAACAUCCGGUAGUUCCGCGAUGUUUGGCUCAUCAGGAAGUAAUUUAAGAUCAAGUCGUCUAAAUUUUCGUCCCAAUUCAACUCAAGAAGACAGAGGUGGAACUCGACCAACUGCUGCUCCAAGUUCCAUAGGUCUUAUACUUGUAACGAUGUUUUUACAUGUUUGCAAAAAGUCGUUACUGUUUGAUACAAGACUCAAGGUUGCUAUAUAUUGCGGUGCGAUAUUUGUAGUGUCAUUAAUAGCAGAUUUUAUUACUAUGCCAAGAACAUAUUUCUCACGCCCCGAUAACGCGCUCAACCAGUACUUUGUGAAAUGGGGAUGGGGAUGGUUGCUGACAGUAACUGUUCCCUGGGUUGCAUUGACUGCGCAUACACUUGGUUGUGGUCGUAGGUCGAUUUUACUUAAACAUCUUGCUAGAUUGGGUUUAGCUACAAUUGCAUGGUUAAUGUGGAUGAAAUUGUUUAAUUAUAUUGAAACGAAUUAUGGUCGAUGUCUUAAUACAAAGGAUAUACAAUUACAGACAAAAACAAAGUGUCUUCACUCUGGUAAAUUUUGGAGUGGUUUUGAUAUAUCCGGACAUACAUUUAUUCUUAUAUAUUCAAGUUUAAUCCUAGCAGAAGAAGGCUCUUCAUUAGUUGGGUGGGAAGGUAUAAAGGAUUUGAUUAUGCGUGAAGAACACUCGCGUAUUACUCCGAACGAGCCCAGUACUGGACCUCUUCGUAAUCUUUCGAAUUCUGAUUUGGAAUUUUUAAAGAAAGCACAUAAAGUACUUACACCUUAUCUAAGAGGUCUUUUUGUUGCAAUGACACUACAACAAUUACUUUGGGACACUAUGUUAAUAUCUACAAUGCUGUAUUAUCAUAUUAUGAUAGAAAAAUUUCUUGGAGGUGUAGCUGCUGUUUUAACAUGGUAUGUUACGUAUCAAUGGUGGUACAAAUCUUCAAAAAAUUCAUUACCCGCGCCUGGUGAUGGUUUAUUUAAAUAUAAUGAAGUAAAAACCCAUGACAAUAGUUCAAUUAGAACGAGACGUAGUACUCUAAAUGGUACCAAUAGAUUUAUGGGGCUUCCUAUUCGCACGACUCAGGAUAUCGAUACAAAUAGUAUUAAUAGGCAAUCAGAUUCCGAAAUAUCUACUUCUAGAACAUAAAAGCAACAUAAAAAUGGGAUUGGUUAUUUCUAAUAC